GGAGUGGCCACCGCUCCAGGCCGCCUCCCGCCACGCCCUGGUUGUUUUUGCAGGAAACACCCUCCUCUCCCUCUGCUCCCGCCGCCCUCAGCCUUCCUCUGGGAAAGUCCGAUCCCGCCCGACGGAGCGAGAGCGGAGCAGUCGGAUUAUUUGGAAUUCUUCAAAAUGUCAGGUGUAGGCCCCACGGCCCCUGAGCAACCUACAGAUGAAACAGGAAGCCAAGUAAAGUCAACGGAUCCAAGGCCUGCUGUCCCUCCAGGCUAUGAUUCCCAUGUGGUACCAGGGCCCCCUGGAGCGUACGUUCCUCCGCCGGCAGGCUACCCAGGAGGCAUGCCCAUGGGAUAUUAUGGUCCGCAGCAGCCCGGUGCCUUCCCGUUCGGCCAGCCGCCCAGUAGUACCCAUCCUAUCCAGUACCAGCCUGGUAGAUAUCCAGUCUCCAGUCAGUCUGCUCCAGUAAUAUGGAUGCCAGGGCCGACUCCCAUGCCCGACUGCCCUCCUGGUCUGGAAUGCCUAACCCAGUUGGACAACAUACAUGUUUUUCAGCAUUUUGAACCUCUGGAAUUGAUAACACGUUUUGAAAUUAAUAACAAAUACGAUGUUAAAAACAACCUGGGCCAGAUGGUGUACUUUGUAACUGAAGACACAGAUGACUUCACCAGGAAUGCUUACCGGACACUAAGGCCCUUUGUCCUCCGGGUCACGGACUCCAUGGGCCGGGAAGUCAUGACAAUGCAGAGACCCUUCCGAUGCACCUGCUGUUGCUUCUGUUGUCCCUCCACCAGGCAAGAGCUGGAGGUGCAGUGUCCACCCGGCCGCACCUUGGGCUUCGUCAGGGACCACUGGAACAUGUGCCAGGUGGCGUACAGCAUCCAGAACGAGAAGAAGGAAAAAGUGCUGAGCAUCCGCGGGCCCUGCUCCACCUGUGGCUGUGGCUCGGACUCUGUGUUUCAGGUCAGAGGCAUCGACGGCGUCUCCAGCGCCGGCAGCGUCGUCCGGAAGUGGCACGGCCUGAUGUCGGCCAUGGGCCAGGCAGACCACUACGACGUCCACUUCCCGCUGGACCUGGACGUGAGGAUGAAGGCCAUGAUCUUCGGAGCUUGCUUCCUCAUCGACUUCAUGUAUUAUGAAAGAUCACCACAGCAAGAUAGAAGAACAAGAUAGAAGAACACAGAAAAUCAGCAUUAUGGUUUUAAAAAGUUAGAAAAGUUGUACUGGGCUUACAGUCAACCCUCAAUUAUUUGCUUUUGCAGAUUACUUUUAUUUCAUGUUGGCGCUGACAGGCAGCCUGAGAGGGUAAGAACACGAUCUAACUGCAUUUCAGUUGAGAAUCUGUCUCGUUGUCUACAUGGUGUACUAGGAGUUCAUCCUGAAAAAGCUUUGGCUCGUGAACCAAGUAAUGUAGAUGUGAUGAGCUGAACAACACUUCAAUAUAAGAGAGGGGAAUAUGAGCCCCAGAGUUCUCACAUUGAUAGGUAAUGGUCACCAACGACAAAUUUGACUGGAGGUGAAAAGAACGAUAUUCUUCAUCUUAAAAAAAAAAGAAAAAAGGAAGGCAGGCAGAAGUAUGCUGUUAUUGUACAAGGAACAUUUUCCCUGUGCACAUGUUUCCCUCAUCUUGCAAAAUUUAUGAAAGUUUCAAUGGAAAACUUGAUUUUAUUAUCAAAUAAAACGUUUUUUAUCUUAAGCUUUAUGUUUUCCAUGCUUGUCCCCUUGUUCGUGGACAGCCAGGAACUGCCUUAUAUCUGAAGACAAAGUCAGACUAUCAGGGAAAAGGGUGACCACAGCUCCUGUGGAUCUCUUAGCAACUUAGAGGCAUCAGUGCCCUUGUCAGAAGAUUGUAUUUAAUACAUUUACCUCUUUUGGUCACAGAUGCCUUAUAUAUAAAAUAUUCGCAGCCAAACCUCUAAGAUUGCCUGGUGAACCUCUGUCUCCCUCGUUGUAAGGCUGAGGAGAUAACUUUUUCUUUCAAGAAGAUCCUGAUAAAAAAUGUGCUGUUUGAGUGACAGGAGCUAGAGUUUUGUUUUCAAAUUUUAAAAUGUGACGGUCUGAGUAGCACUUUGUAAAAGCAAGAUCUAGAAAUUUUGUAUAAAUUUUGACACUGCUUACUAUUGCUUUGCUGCUUUUUAAGUGAUAGAUAAAUUUGUAUCUAUGCAAAGAUAAUAAAACAAUAAACUUUCUAUAGAUUACAUAGGAUAAGAUUAUAUAGGAUACAGACUAUAUAAGAUCAAUGUAGUUAACGUAUAAAUUGUACUUGUUUGUAUUAACUAACAUGCUAUGUCAGUGACUACACUGUGAUAAAUCACUUGCUUUUAUUGCACUUUAGCAGCCUGUCUGACAUGUACUGUGUGUCUGUCUAACACAGCCAGUACAUAGAAUGGAAUGUGUUCUUCUGCUUCUUA